AUGGCCCACGCACUCGUAUUCGGCGCAUCAGGCCUUACCGGCUGGGGCGUCGUCGACCAGCUUCUGUCCAAUUAUCCCGCCGAAGGGACAUUCGCAAAGGUCACCGCGCUGGUCAAUCGGCCACUCGCGGUCGCUAAAUCAUACUGGCCAAGCCCCUCGCAAUCGCGGCCGAGGCUUAAUCUAGUAUCGAACGUAAACCUUGCGGAAGGAACGGUCGAAGGAUUCACGGCGUUGCUGAAGGGGAAGGUUGAGGAUGUCGCGGAUGUGACGCAUGCGUUCUACUUUGCCUUAAAACCCGAGCAGGAUGCUGAUGCGGAGGUCGCGGUCAAUCGCGGGAUGCUCGAGCGUGCGAUUGGGGCUUUGAACCGCGUCUCGCCGAAGCUGAGGUUUGUUGUGUUCCCCAGCGGUACCAAGGCAUAUGGCAUCCAUAUCCCGGGCGGCGUCUUCACUGCUCCGUUCAGAGAAUCCAUGGGACGGCUGCCAGAGCCAGCGGGUAGCACAGUUUUCUACUAUGAGUUCCAAGACAUCCUGAAAGAGCAGAGCAAAGGGAGGGAUUGGACGUGGUGCGAUGUUAGACCGGAUGCAGUGAUCGGCUUUGUGCCCAACGGCAGCGCCUUCAAUCUCGCGGCACAUUGGGCCAACUAUCUCUUAACGUAUGCUCUUGUCGAGGGUAAAGGCGCCAAGGUUCCGUUUCCGGGCACGCAGAGCGCGUACUCAGCCCUGUACAACGAAGCCUCCGCAGAUAUCAUCGCCAGAUUCUCCAUCUGGGCCGCCUUACAUCCCGACAAGGCCGGAGGUGGACAGAUCUUCAACAUCGCCGACCAGACCAUGCCUUCUCGGAUGAGCGAGCGAUGGCCCGCUCUCGCCAAGUACUUCGAGCUUGAAGGCAUUGGUCCGGUUGACGACCCGAAGGUGCUCAGACCAGGAGAGUAUAUGAACAAGCACCGGGGCGUUCUGGAAAAACAUGGUAUCAGGAAUAAUCAGGUGUUCAAGGCUGAUUUUCUGGAUACGUACGGGUACUAUCUGACUUCCGACCGUCAGCUAAGCCUGGAUAAGGUCAGGGUAGCAGGCUUCUCAGAGGAAACAGAUCCGACCUCAUCUUGGUACAAGGCGUUCGACAGGUUCAGGAUGGCUGGCAUGAUACCCAAAUCAGCGUAG